UAAAAAAUCAGCAUCCAAACAGUCAAGUUUUGUGAGGCCCACGGUCAAGACACCAAAAUGAAAUUUGAAAUUUUAAUAAUUCUAAUCGUAAUUAUUGUUGUGUCAUCGUCAACAUCCUUGGGGACUUACCUAAGAACACCACGUGCGCCCCAGCCACAGCAACGCAUAUGUGGAGGAAAUUUUACAGCAAUUGGCUCCAAGUGCUACUAUAUUGAAAAGGAUAAUGCCCAAGAGUGGCUUAGUGCUAUAUACCAAUGCAGCCGAAUGGGCGGCCACCUAGCAAGCAUUGAAAGUGUACAGGAGCUCGAUGCCAUCAGCAAAGAGCUAAAGUCCAACUCGGAAUACUUUGUUGAGAAAACAUAUAUACCGGGGCGUCAUGGUUUAGGGGAAAAUCGUCAAAUAGAGCCAGGUUUACAAAAAAAUAUUACCGGCACCUGGAACUAUUCCUAUGAAUGCACUGUCAUCAACUCUUCUGGUCGAACCGGCACUGCAAUGGGUUAUUUAAAUAGGUUAUUUGUUUGUGAGAAGAACGAGGAACCAACCCAGGAGCAGAAGCAGAAUAUAAUAAAAUAUUAUAAAAAAAUUGGCGAAAAAUACUAUUACAUUGAGAACUCAGACCCGGCACAAUGGAAUAUCGCCUUCCAUGUAUGCAAAGAUUGGGGUGGCCAUUUGGCUACUCCGAGAAACGAACUGGAAUUGAUCAACCUUUCAAAAAUUCUAGAGCCCGGCAUACAAUAUUUGAUCGACCUUAAUGAUUAUCUAGAGGAAGGUCAAUUUAUGUCCGUAACUACGGGCUUAAAAAAUAAUUACGUUUCCUGGGCAGCUGGCGAACCAAAUAUGGAAUUUGGAGUGGGAAAUGUUGUCAUUGAAAAAACUGAAUUGGGUACUUAUAUGCGACAUGUUCCCCACCAAUACCCAUAUUCUUAUAUUUGUGAAGCAUCCAUUUAGAUUGAUACAAAUUUUGUAAAUUUCCAUUAAUAAAAAUUGCUUAAAUUCAAAUUAAA